AUGAUGGACAGCUUCAUCGAACAGUUGUCCCAUGAUGACAGAUCACUCUCCCUCGACGCAUAUCAGACGCUUGCCAAUGUCAUCAGGAACUACGAUGACAUCCCGGACGAAGAUGUGCUCAAGGCAAAGAUCAAUACGUUUAUGAGAUACAUCAAGCGAGACUUGCUCAGGAAGCCCUCUCCGGAGGAACCACCCAUUGCUGACACGAAUCUCAUAACACAAGCAUUGAGAUUACUCAUUAUAUUUGUUUGGAACAAGGACUAUGCGUCUCUACUAUCGGAUGAUGCCCGUACCUUCGUCCUCGAUCGGUCAAUCCAAGUGCUUGCGGAGCAUGCUGCGUCAAAAAAUAUCCUCGUCCACUACCUUCAUCUCCUUGCGGCGCAAAACUUCCGCCAGAGCCUCAUUACCAGCCACCGCGUAGCGAGGCUUCUCGAAGCGUUGAGAGCACUGGGCGAGCAUUACAAGGGAAACGGGAUCAUUUCUGAGAAGUUGCUCGUCUAUCAGAAACUCCUUGACCAGGAACGGCCCACCAUGAAGGCGAAGGCGAGCCUCUGGGUGGACGAGCUGCUCACUGGUGCAACCAACAGCAUAAAGGACGUCAGAAUGAAGGCCAUCGACCUUGGCGAAAAAGCCUGCUCGGCGUUUCCCGCAUCUUCAUCCAUUUCUUCUGUCAUCAGAUCUACCCUUGCCAGAGAACUUGGAUCCGGAAAGACAUUCAGCGCCAGCAUGUGUCGAAAACUGGAGAAGAUGAUUGCGGUAAAAGAAGAGGGCGUCCAAGUCCCGCGGAUAUGGACUAUCGUCCUACGGCUCUGCAAUAUCGUCGAUGGCCGUGGCCGUAACGGCUGGGGAUCGCGGUGCGACAAGUGGCCUCAAUUCAAAGAUUGGCUGAGUGUUAUACAAAAAUGCUUUAACUGCAGUGAAUCGGCAAUCCAGCAACAAGCGUACCAGGCUUGGAAUCGGUUCAUACACAUUGUUCAACCUCAUCUAGCAUCCGAUAACCUGUUGCAACUGCUGCCAAAGCCUAUGACUGCUAAGUUAGAGCGCCACGGAGGAGAGGCGGCAAUAAAAGGCACUCGUGUGGCGGCGGUGUCAAGUUACUGCACCCUACUUUAUCAUGCUUUCAGACCAGCAGCAAAUCACCAUCAGUAUACUCGGGUCUGGAACGAAUACAUUGUGAAGGUCAUGAAGUCCGCAUUUUUCGAAAGAGGUACCGCCAACUCCGACCUUGCAAGUCGUAUCUUGAUGGCGUUGUUUUGGAAUGCUGGAGGAGCGAAGAUUUGGAACGAGAAUCGCGCCCUCGAGAACACCCCGGUCGAGCCAGAAGAGCUGCCUACAAUCGAUUGCAAGUGGGUACGCUCGAAAGCAAGACCGAUCCUCGAUAUUUUCCUGGUGCUGCUCCGCUACAGCUCUUGGGGAGCUUCAGGGCAAUCUGACAAGGCACACAUUGCCGUGGCUUGGCUGCAUUUCCUCAAAGCUGUUCAAGAAGCAUGUCGCAAGGAGAUUAAGCCCUCCGCUGAAACAGUGGUGGCCAUGGUUUACGUGAACACCUUUCUCGGGCGUCUCUACCUGGAUAUGACCCAUCCCAGAGAUGGUGAUGGUCAACCAACACAGCCACAUAAACUCAGCAACGCUCAAGUACGCCAGCUGACUGUGACUGCUAUCAAGCUACUCGGUCCCGAUCUGAUAAUGGCUGGUCUUGAAGACCAAGGCUACUGCUUGAGUAAAGCUUUGGUUAUUUAUGACUCUCUACGAUUCCACCUUCUAGAGCAACAGCGAAGUGACCAAUCAACCACGACGAGCUUAGAAAUAUGUCUCAAUUCUCUGGACUUAGCAUUGGUGAACAGCUUUAAGUCCCAAACGACUUCUGUGACAAACGAAAGCAUUAGCCAGCUGCAGAAAAGGCUGGAAGGAUCAUCUGUCGGCCAGAUUGUCCACACUUUGACUCUGCUUAAGCGACCCACUGUAUUGUUUUUGAAACAAGAUAUCUCGGGUUGGCAGGACAAAGAUGAACACGACCCCAGUGGACGGUAUCCAAGGAUCAUUACAGCUACUUUGACACUUCUGACCAGACUGCCCAUCGAGGCUAUCGGUGAGUUGGAUGAGACUUUCGCGGCUCUGUUCAGCAGCAAUCAUAGUCUUGUGGUCCAGGAUACUGUCGAUAUGUGGAACCAGCAAUUUGGAAAGCUACCCUCGCUAAGUCCUGGUCCUAUAUUGACAGAGGCUCUGAUCAAGCUACGAGACGCUGGCGUUAAGAUCACCGUCCCAAGCAGCUUGCACGCCCGAAAUGCCGCAACUGAGCAAGACAUGUCGCCACAAGCUACACCAGAAGAGGACCAUGGAACGACCUCCAGGCAUACGUCAACCAGCCCAACAGCAGCAAUAACAGGCGCCGACCGAUCCCCAGAAUUAGGUAGCCAACAUUAUCAUAGUGUUGCGCCAGAGGAAAGCCCCCUCACGGGCUCAAGUCCUAAUCGACCAAUUUUGCGGCCACGCUCGAGGCACGAUGAUUCUCAGGUUAAUUUCGUGCCAAUCGAGUCAUCUCCUCUUCCGCAAGAAGAACCAGAAGCUCAGCUCUUGACCACACGCCAAAAGGAAGUCCGCGACCGACUGCGUUCGGAGCCCGCUGUUGUAUUUCCGGACCUUAGAUCGAGCCCAAGGCCGCAUGCUAGAUCAAGCACUCACACUGACUGCGAGUUCGCACGGAAGGCAGCUUCUCAGGCAGAACGCCCGUCAACACCGACCUUACCAACGCAUGAUGAACAAAUCGGGACUGAAUUGAUGGCCUCUCCCACGCCUCGGGCGAGACACUUUACCAACCUGAUUCCUGAUCUUGAAGUCCCUUCGUCACCGCCUUCGAUGGUGGGCAAUGAUGACCGGACCGAUGUCAAUUCUUCUCCGCUCCUUGCCGUCUAUGGUGAUGCUGAGGACAGGAUUGAUCUUGCGAUUGAGCAGGUUGAGGUGGCAGACGAGCAUAAUGCAGUAGAGCUACGUCCUUCUGCGGCGAUUGAAACUGUUGCCUUCAAAGAUGCAGCCUCCCUCGGACAAGAAGGAUUUGUCACCAAUAUCGCUGAUGCUAGCGCUGGGGAAACCGUCGAACAAUUCCAAGACAGCCAGACCAAGGAACGCACGGGUUCGACGGUGGCUGAGUCAAACGAUGAAGCUAGUGACGCCAGGCACCGAAGACACCACCCAAAGAAGCACGCCACCAACGCAAAUGAUUUUGCUGCGGUAUCAUAUAGUGGGAGAUUGAGGCGUGGGAGAUCCCGUCUCGGCCUCUCAAAAUCUCCGGCACAACAUAUCGGCCAGCGAGCAUCAAGGGUUGCCUCCAAUUCUCAAGUGCAGAGUUCCAGUCCUCCACCGUCAGAUAUCUCCGACGCUCCAGACGCACAGAAAGACCUGGAACAGGCACACCAGGAUGGUACACGUGGCCAUGUCGAAGAGGAUACAGCGCCAUCUUACGCAACGGUUUCUCCCUCACUGAGACCAAUCACGAUCAACUUAGCAUCGGACAGCACGACAACAGAGGAAGCCGAGCAAAGGGAAGCAAGCGCAACGAAGCCUGUCGCAACGGAUAGCGACGAGAUUGAUAUGCUUAGUGCUUCGCAACUGUCUCAUGAUCUCGACCUGCAUGUCAGCCAGACGGUUGGCGACGAAUCUCAUGUGGCAUCAGGGACCGAUGGAGAACCAAAACAGAAAAAGCAGAGAUCCCGCAAGCGCAAAUCAAGCACACAGUAUUCUACUGGAGUCAAACGCAGGAAAUCAGUAAAAGCUUCCCUACAGUCGACUGCAAUAGGCGCAGAAAUCGCCGCAGAUGAAAUUCCAGGGGAGAUUCUUGGCUGCAAUGAGGUUUCACCCUCGCAGGAGGAUCAAGCUAUUGCCCCAGUACAGCUCAGCGAGCCGACACUGACGCCUAGACAACGCCGAGGCCGGCCACGGAAACGGACUUUGAUUGAGGUCAUUGUGCCGGGGACACCGCGAGUCAAAGAAGGGGAGGUGGAUAUCACCGGAGUCUCUGCUGCUUUAUCACUGCACAAUGACGAGGAAGAGGUUGAUAACACUCUCGAUCGAGAAGUUGAGAUCCGCGGAGCAACAAAUACAAUGGUGACUGACUUUACAGGGUUGACUACGACUGGUGGUGCCGCUGAACUGGCAAUAGGAGACCGAAGCAGUCCCCCUGAAAUCGUGGCUUCGCUUCAAGGUGUCCUGGAUCGUCUCAAAUCUGCCGACCCGAGGGAUUUAGACUUAAGACGCGUGGAUGAUCUGUGCUUCCAGAUCCGGUUCCAAGCCCAGCUUAUCAUCCAACAACGAGGAGCUUGA